ACAGUACCUCGCAUUGUUUAUUUUGGCCGCCACCACGCGGGUUGUGGGAGGGACGCCGGCGCGGGCGCAACUGUCUCCAACUCCACGGAUCUCGUCCAGUCCAUCUCCACACUCCGGUCCAUCGAUAUCUUGCCUGACCGGAUCAGGAAAUAGCGGAUAAAAAAUGGUUCGCCAAAUUUUUUGCAUGGAAAUACCUAACGUGAUUUUAUAAAUUAAAAUUUAAUAACUGCAUUCUUUAAUAUCCCUUACCGACCUAUGAAAUGUGUGUACGUCAAUUAAUUAAGUAAUAAGUACCUACGUGUCCCUGAAAGUUGAAAAUAUUAGAAGAAAUGUGUGUGAGUUCUGCAGUGGUGUUUGUCGUGGUGGCGGGUGCAAUCGUCGCUGCGUCACCGGUGCAUCCAUACUUGCGCGGCACCCACUACACCGUGGACGGCGCCCCGCCCCGCCAGCCGUACCUCGAGGUCCGCAACGCCACCUACCACGGCGCCGGGCCGCGGGAGGAAGCCCGAGCUAUGUGCUCCGUCAAGACUCAGGAGGUCAAUGCUACUGCUAAUGCUACCAUCACGCGGCGGCUGCAUGGCGUAGUUACUUCUAGAGAGUUGCACAGUUCGAUCGCGCGACUGGAGGUGAUAAUCUUCGGCCAGAUGCAGCAACUGUGGCAGAGUUUGGACGCGCUCCGGACCCAACUGUCCGGGAAUAAUGGCCGCAGUUACUCCGGUCUGUCUGGAACCAAUGUCCACAGUUACCCCGGACUGGGCAAUGUCCAGGGCUACCCGGAUAGGCGUACGGUGUCUUUUCGCUUCCAGCCUGAUGCUGGAUAGGGGUUACGUGUUCUAGAUUUUAGUCGGAAAUCAGGAUAGUUGUGCACUUAUUCUACCUCAUUUUAAUUUUGGUUACCUGUGUGUAAUUUUGCUGUAGAUUUGCCUAUGUGUAUGUGUAAUGUACCUAAUAGUUUUAUAAUAGGUACUUAUAUGUAAAUGAAAAGGGUCUAUAUAAGUAGUGCGUAUUAAAAUGAAAUUCAAAACUAAUAAAGUAGAAUUUAUUAACAAUUAGUAAUCCAAUACAACGUAUGGUUUACUCGGUCAAGUUUUUACAUAAUUCUCCAUGACUCUCAAAACUUGGCCUCGUAAAUAACAAAUAAAACACAAAUAAGUAUAUUUGUUAGUUCAUAUUAUUUUAUAGUUAAGUUAAAUGAAUUGUAUAUCUAAAUGCCUGGAUUAAUAAAUAUUAACGCGUAAACAAUUUUAUUAUGCAUUACAAUUUUAGAAUACCUAUAUUUUCUCGAUGUACUUUUGCGUAAACGCAUAAAACUUAUCUAAUAUCUAAACGUGGAAAAUUCAUUAUUUCUAACGGACGGAAGUUCCAGUCAGUGAUAUUAUAAUACCACUUAUUUAAAUACAAAUUAUUAUUGUUUUUAAUACCUACAUGUGGAAUGUUACUAUACCUACCUGCUAGUUAUGAUUAUUAAAAUUGAUAAAAAUAUUUUAUCAACAACUCAAAACGUAAAAUUUACCACGCAAUCACCUUUUAGUAAAAUAAAAUGGAUUUAUCGAUCGACACGAU